AUGUCGGUUUAUUCAUUGAAUUCAUUGAAUUUUCUGGAAUCUUUUUCGCCAUCGGCCUCCAGAAGCACAAGUCGACGUCCAACGGCAAGACCGACCACAACGGCCACCAGUGUCGCAGCACAGGACAUCAUCUGCGCCGUCAGUGAAUCGCGGGGCGUCUCAUCCACCGUUGGCCUCGCAUUUGUCAACCUUGCAACAGCUGAAGCAGUGCUCUGUCAGAUAUGUGACAGCCAGACUUACGUCAAGACAAUCAUCAAGAUUGGUGUUUUUGAACCCAGCGAGAUUCUGUUCAUGAACACUGCAAAAGAGUCCAAGCUCCGUUAUAUCAUCCAAGAGAAUCUGCCAGAUCCUAUCUUCACCUUCCUGGACCGUAGAUGGUGGUCUGAAAAGACGGGUCACGAGUAUAUGGACCGGCUGGCUUUUCCAGAGGAAGUCGACUCGCUCAAGGGGACUCUGGGCGGGAACUAUUUCGCAGCAUGUUGCUUUGCCGCUGUCCUCAAGUAUGUUGAGGUCGAACUCCAGCGAGCUUUUACCGCGCAUUCUCUUCGGAUACGCUUCGAACCGUCCCAGGGUUCCAUGACAAUUGACUUGGCGACUAUUGUAUCCCUCGAACUUAUCCAGAACCUACAGAAUGCGAAGUCUAACGAAAGUUUGUUUGGACUGUUGAAUGAGACAUUGGCGCCUAUGGGAGCCAGACUGCUCCGAGCUAGCAUCUUACAGCCUUCAACAGAACGAGUCAAGUUGACAGCCAGAUACAAUGCUGUGGAAGAUCUGGCCACCAAAGAGGAUAUGUUCGUCUCUGUAAGGCAAGCGCUAAAGGGCUUCGUUGAUGCAGAUAAAGUGUUGACUGCGAUCAUCUUGGUUCCCACCAAGCGAACAAUCCAAUACGUCGAGCAGUCCGUCAACAAUGUCAUCAUGCUCAAGACUUAUGUUUCUGCGAUCAAAAAUAUCUUCCAAGCGCUUGGAGCAGCACAAAGUGAUUUGCUGCUUACCAUACGCGAAUUGUGCGCUCCUGAGGGACAUCGUUCAAUUGAAGAGCUGAUUGACGCAACUUUGAAUGAGCAUGUAGCCUACCAGUCAAAGCCACUUGAUCUGAGGAACCAGCGCAUUUACUGUGUCAAGGUCAGAACUCGUACACUUCUACAAUGGAUACAGAUCGCUAACAUGAAUCAGGCCGGCGUUAACAGUCUCCUCGAUGUUGCGAGGCAGACCUAUAAGGAGGCAAAUGCAGACGCCACAGAGCUGAUUGAAAAGUUAUCAGGCACGUCUGGAAAUAUGACGGUUCAUGAAUGA